UCAAAUCCCUAAUUUCCAAUCAAUAAGUCUCUGAUCUGCAACAGCAAUUUCACUAUCUCUCUCAUUCUCUCCAAGAAGACUAGCAGUAAGGCUUUAUUGAGCCUCCACUAAACGCUCUCUCUCCCUUCCUGUACGCUGGGCCACCUGGGCCACCGAUUGAAGUUGCCGGAUUUAUCUAAAGCGAUCAGAGGGUUAUACAGAGGCUCUAGGGCUCUCUGUUCGUAUUUCAUCUUAAUUAUUUCAAGUGUAUCUGAUAACAAAACGUUGGAAAUAGUGAGAAAAAAAGGUGACUUUUGAUGCUUUGGGUAGGUUCUUACUUUGUUAGGCCAGUAAGGGUUCUAUUGGGACUGUCUGAUGGCCAACCCUGGAGGAGUGGGGUCGAAGUUUGUAUCUGUGAAUCUGAACAAGUCUUAUGGACCGUCUUCUCAUCACCAUUCAUCCAGUAGCUCCUAUGGCCAGGCUGUUGCAGGCCGAGUCAGAACUGGUCCUCAUGGUGGAGGAGGAGGAGGUGGUGGAGGUGGAGGCAUGGUGGUUUUAUCACGCCCUAAGAGUUCACAAAAGACUGUUCCCAAGCUAUCAGUUCCACCCCCCUUGAAUUUGCCAUCUAUGAGGAAAGAGCAUGAAAGGUUUGAUUUAUCUGGAUCAGGAGCUGGGUCAACUAGUACCGGUGGUUCUGGCACUGUGCCGAGGCCUACUUCAUCUGGCAUGGGUUGGACAAAGACGGGAUCUUCUGUUGGCUUGCAGGAUAAAAAUGGGAAAUUAAGUGGCGAGGCUCAUGGUUAUGAACAAGGCAUGCAAGUUGGCCCUGAUGGGACGUCUAGUUACACGCCAUUCUUAGCUCGUUCAAAUGGAACUGGAAUUCAAGGUUCCAUAUCAGCUCCAUUUACAAUGAAAGGUCCCAUGUUGAGGGGUGAGGAUUUCCCCUCACUGCAGGCUUCCCUGCCUACUCCUUCAUCUGGGCCUGUUCACAAAGCGAAGGACGGCUUGCAAAAGACUCAGAAACAUGUGACGGUUGAGGAUUCAUUCUCUGAGCAGACUGAUGGUUCUCUUGUGAAGCCUUUGGUUGACAUGCGUCCACAUAGUCAAUCUUCCAAUUAUUCUCAUGUGAAUGGCUCCAAUGAUAAUAAUAGUAUUUAUGGAUUGGGCAGUUCACACUCAAGAGAGCAAUCGAGAAAGCAUGAAGAGUAUUUGCCUGGCGCAUUUCCAUUACUUCGCCUGAAUCCAAGAUCUGACUGGGCUGAUGAUGAGCGGGAUACAGGAAUCAGAUUUUCUGAUCGAACCCAAAAUCAUGUUUUUUCUAAAAUUGAUGCUCAAUGGGAUGGAGAAUUUGAUAUUCCCAAGCACAGUGCAGCCAAACAGGUACAAUAUGAUAGGUGGAGUCACCGUGAUGAUAUAAAGGCAAAGAUCCCUCAUAAUAUAGCUCCAAAGUCGUAUCCUUAUCAACGAGAUGUAGGGACUCCUAAUGGGGAAGGUAAUAUGCAGAGAACUGCCCCUAUAGUGAAACACGUAUCUUAUUCAGAAGAGAUUGCAAGUGAUAGAUAUGGCGCAGGUGAAAGGUCAAUAGGGCAUAAGUAUGCCCCUCCCCGUUUUGGGGAUAAUUUGCGAGACGACAGAUUCAUUGUAAAUCAGGAAUCUUUUCCUGGGAGGAAGGAUGUUAGAUUCACUCAAGAAGGAAGACAUCAAUGGAAUCAAGACCGCUAUAAAAAUGAACAAUCUAACAGAAAUCAUGCAAAAUCUGUACACAAUCCAGUGUUGAAAUCCUCAUACUCGACCAAUAAAUGGGCACACAUGAAUGAUUCAGUGUUGAAUUAUUCUCGGGAAAAGCCUCCAGUCUCAAAGGUUGACAGACCUUAUCUAGACGACCCAUUUCUGAAAGACCAUGGUGUUGCCAACUUUGAUGAAAUAGAUCCUCUCACUGGAACUAUUCUCGGCGUAAUUAAGAGGAAAAAAGAUGUGAAACAGGCUGAUUUCCAUGAUCCUGUUAGGGAAUCUUUUGAGGCUGAACUUGAGAGGGUUCAACAGAUGCAAGAGAAAGAGCGACAACGUAUUUACGAAGAACAAGAGAGAGUUAUGGAACAAACUCGACGAGAAGAAGAGGACAGACACCGCAUGAUCAGGGAGGAGGAAGAACGUCACAAAAGACUUGAGGAAGAAUCCCGUGUAGCUGCUCGGAGGGAGGAGCAUGAAAGACUAGAAGCGAUACGUAUGGCUGAAGAACAAAGAAUUGCUAGAGAUGAAGAGAAACAUAGAAUACUUAUGGAGGAAGAGCGAAGCAAAGAGAGGGCAAAACAGAAAUUGCUAGAGUUGGAAGCUAGAAUAGCCAAGAGACAAUCAGAAGCAUCAAAAAGUGAUCCGAUGGCUGUCUUAGCAGAUGAAAAAGAUGAAGAUAUUUACAGGACUCAGGAAGCUGACAACUGGGAAGACAGUGAGAGGAUGGUUGAGAGAAUAACUACUUCAGCCCAUUCUGAGUCAUCCAGUGAUAAUAAACAUUAUGAUUCGGGUUUAAGGCCACAGCCAGCUUUUCGAGAUGGCUAUUCUGUAUAUCCAGACAGGGCAAAACCUUCAAAUUUGUGGAGGAGAGAUAUACUCGAGGAUGGCAACAACUCUUCUUAUAAUCAAAACGAGGAAGAGAAUGGUCACCAUCGCCACAUGCAAAAUGCAUCCUCUAUGGUUAGGGAUUUCCCUAGGAAGGAAUUACAUGGAAGGAAUUCUCAAGGUGGAGUUAUCAAUAAUGCAAAAGACCAGAGGUGGAGUUCCACUGUGAGUGGGGACAUAUACAACAGAUACAGAGAAACCAAUAAUGACUUUGAUCGGAAUUUUGCUGAAAGAUAUGGUGCGGGAUGGGGUGAAGGCUAUUUCCGUGGCAAUCCUUCUCAUUUUGCUGAGACAGAUGAGCUUUAUUCGUAUACAAGAUCACGUUAUCCAGCGAGACAACCUCGUGUACUUCUACCACCUCCAUCAUUAGAAUCAAUACAUAAAACUUCAUUCAGAGUAGAAAACGAAGGACCCGGUUCGUCAUGUUUUGGAGACGAAGACGGGCGCUACAAUCAUCAUGCAUCAAGAAGUGAACCAUCUAUGCCGAGGGGGUAUUAUAAUGCUGAGAAGGAAAAUUCUGAAGCCUCAGCUGAUGUCCAGACACAAAAAACUGUACAAGAUCAGAGGCCCGAAGAGUGCUGCACAACAAGGUGUGAUUCUCAAUCCUCUCUCUCUCUUUCCAGCCCACCUGAUUCCCCUGUUCACCUUUCCCAUGAUGACUUGGAUGAAUAUGAAGAUUCUCCAGUAAUAAGUGUCAUUGCAGAAGGAAAAGAACUUCCUUUGUCUGCUAAUGAAACAUUUGGAAAAGAGAAUCAUGGUGCUUUAUUGCAUUCUAUAUCUGCUGCUUCUGUUCAUGAAGAUUGGGCUCCGGAGGAUGAAAGGGAUUUGCUGGGGCAAGAAGAAUAUGACGAGAAUGAGGAUGGUUAUAAUAUUGAAGAAGAGAUCCAUGAAGGAAAAGAUGAGCAAAUGGAUCUGAAUCAUGAGUUUGAGGAUUUGCACCUAGAACUAGAAGACGGUGGUGGUUCCUUGGUGUUGGGAUUUAAUGAUGGUGUUGAAGUAGGCAUACCAAAUGACGAUGAAUUUGAUAGGAAUUCUAAGAAUGAACGAAGUGCUUUUGGAGUUUCGGAGGUACAGGUGCAAGAACAGGGACGGGUUGAUAGACUGGAAGAUGUGGAGGAAAACCUUGAGCCUGUGAAUGGGUUCUCUGUGAUGGAUACUGAAAAUUCUUCUAGAAUGAUUGAAGAAAUCGUGACUUCAAAGCAAGAUUUUGUCACUCAGCCUGUCAGUGAAACUUAUGGACUCUCCUCAAGCUCUGAUACGAUGACAGCUACUGCAGUCUCUUCUUCAUCUAGCCAUACAGACCUACCACCCACUAAGCUACAUUUUGGGUUGUUUUCUGGUCCUUCUUUGAUUUCAUCUCCAUUCCCAGCAAUACAGAUAGGUUCCAUACAGAUGCCUCUCCAUUUACAUUCAACUGUUGGUCCAACACUUUCCCAUGUACAUUCUUCACAACCAUCAUUCUUUCAGUUUGGGCAGUUUAGGUAUGCAUCUCCCAUCUCACAAGGCAUUCUUCCAAUUUCUCCUCAAACUGUGUCAAAUGUUCAAUCCAACAGUGGUCAGAGUUCAGAAAGUCUUCACUCCAUUCAACCUGGUCUAGAGAAGUCUUCUUACAAUAUCACUAACAAUGCUCAGUUGCAGAAUGGUCAAACUGACUUUCCUCAUCCAAACAUAAACAAGGUCAAUGAGUUUACUUCUCUAGUUGAUGGUGAAAGAAACCAUGUUUCUGCUUUGCUGAAAGGGAAUGUAACUGAGAAAGAAUCUGGAGAAUCUAAGGCUCUAGGUUCGUUAUCAGGUGCUAAAGGAAAUAGAUCUGACUAUCCGUAUAGAAAUGUUGGAUCCAGGUCAUCUUAUCCUAAGUCUGAAUCAUCUCAUUCCUUUUCUGCUGGAUUUCAAAGAAGGCCUCGACGUACAACUCAACGAGUUGAGUUUAAAGUUUGGGAAAGUGUGGAUAAGAAGCAAUCAAGUGGGCAAGUAUCUUCAAACAACUACUUUAGGCGUAAGGAGGACAAGUCAAAUUUCUCCAGAAGAACUACAAAUGAUUAUGCAAAACGUGAGUCCAAGAACGGAUCCAAUAGCCUACCGAUGAAGCCUACAGUUGAAUCUUUGAGCUCAGGUUCAUCUAAUUCUCACGUGUCUGAUCCUGCAAGACGACAUGAUAAGAAAAUGGUAGAGCAAGGGCUCACCCAGUCUGGAGAUGAAAACUUGAAAAAAAAUACAAUUCUUCCAGAAGAGGAUGAAGAUGCUCCUCUGCGGAGUGGAGUUGUGCGUGUUUUCAAGCAAUCUGGCAUAGAAGUUCCAAGUGACGAAGAUGAUUUCAUUGAGGUUAGGUCAAAGCGGCAAAUGUUGAAUGUCCGACGUGAGCAAAGGGAAAAGGAAAUCAAGGCUAACUCACGAGUCCCAAAGGCACCACCUCGUAGGCUUCGAUCUACCCCUCAAACUGCUGUAUCCUCAAGCUCAAAUAGAAGCACCACAUCAGUUGCGUCACACAUAUCAAAAGUCACCCGCUCAGAUUUUGGGGUAUCUCAAGGAAAGAUUUUAGCAAACAUUGAAGCUUCUACUGGAUUACAAACUAUCGUGUCGCCACCUUUAGCUCCGAUUGGCACACCUGGUGUGAGUUCUAAUGUACUGCAGGCUGAUAAAAGACCACAUAAUGUCAAGGCUGUCUCUACUGGUGGAGAAGUACUUGGUUCUGGUGUUAUAUUUCAGAGCAAGAGCAAGAUUUUGGAUAGCAUUCAAACAUCUUUGUCGUCGUGGAAUAAUAAUUCAAGGAUUAAUGAACAGGUGUUGUCUUUGACUCAGACGCAACUUGAUGAUGCCAUGAAGCCACAUAAAUAUGAACCAAGUGUUACUUCUAUCAUGGAUCAUGGUAGUGUUGAUUCAGAUGUAGCCAAAAAGGACAAAAUAUCUUCUUCCGCUACAAACCCGAUAAAUUCCUUGCUUGCAGGGGAGAAGAUCCAAUUUGGUGCGGUUACAUCUCCUUCAAUUCUCCUUCCCAUAAAUCGUGUUGUUAAACAUGGGAGUGGAGCUCCAGGCCCAUCUCGUCCCGACAUCAAAAUCACUCAGAAUGUAGCUGCAGCCAAGAAUAACACUGCGGCUCUUUUUAACAAGGAUAAGCACCCCAAUAAACCAUGCACUAAUGUAGACGUUGCUGAAGCUGAAGCUGAAGCAGCGGGUUCAGCUGUUGCUUUUGAAGCCAUUAGUAGUGAUGAGGUCAAAGUUGGGAAUGGAUUGUUGGGUACUUACAGUAUUACAGGUCUGAAUGUUGACCAGCCACUGGUUGGUCAUUCAAGAUCCGAAGAUUCUUUGAGUGUUUCUCUUCCAGCAGACCUGUCUGUGGAGAAUCCUCCAAUCUCAUUUUGGCCAGGUUUACUUAGUCCGCAUAGUUCCUCUAAUCAGUCGCUCCCUCACUUUUCUGGGGGUGGGCCGUCCCAUUUUCCCUUCUUUGAAAUGAACCACCCUAUGUUAGGGGGUCCAGUUUUUGCAUUUGGUAGACAGGAUGAACCGUCUAGUUCUCAACAGUCGCAAAAUAAUAGUAAUUCUACACCUAUGAGUGUAUGGCAGCAGUGCCAUUCUGGGAUAGAGUCAUUUUACGGUUGUCCACCAACAGGUUUUACCGGUCCUUUCCUUAGUAGUAGUCCUGGUGGUGGUGGUGGUGUUCAAGGCCUUCCUCCUCAUAUGGUAGUUUAUAACCAUUUUGCACCGGUUGGUCAAUAUGGUGGUUUGAGUUUCAUGGGUACCACUUUUAUUCCAUCGGGUAAGCAACAACAUCAACAACAUCAACAACCUGAUUGGAACCACAAUCCUGCGGCUGGUAUUAUUAAUGAAGGAGGAGAUGUCGUCAAUAUGGUUAAUACUCAACGAAUUCCUCCUCCUCCUAGCUUGGCUACUACUACUGUUCAGCAUCUUGCCACUAGUUCACCGCAUUUGUCUAUGCUUUCUCCUUUGCCUAUGUUUGAUGUAUCUCCAUACCAGGCUGCUCCUGAUAUGUCGUCAGUUCAAGGUCGGUGGUCCCACAUUUCGUCAUCAUCAGUGGCGGUUCAACAACCACAACAACAAAAUGAAUCAACUAGACUUUCUCCACCUCAGUUUUCUCAAGUAGUACCACCACCCAAUGUUGUUGAGCAGGUUAUUAGCAGGUUCAACUCUCCUACUCCAGCAGCAUCAUCACCAUCCGACACCAACAGGAAUUUUGACAAAAUCAGAUCCCACAACAACUCUAUGCUCAUCGAGCCCCAUUCCCAAGGUAUUAUUACAAGGAACAGCUCUGGAACCGCCAUCAAACCACCCGACUCUGCCAAUGAGACUAAUAGUAGCCACAUCAAGAAUAAUAAUGGUUUCAAAUGGCAGCCGCAGCAACAGCAACAGCAACAACAGAAGAAUGUGUACAACAAUCAUCAAUCUCAUCAAAGGAAGAAUGAGUGGUCAUCGUCAAACCAAAAUCACCAUAGAAUGGGAUUCCAUGGAAGAAACCAGUCGAUUGGGAGAGGAGAUAAGAAUUAUCCUUAUUCAUCAUCAUCGACCAAGAUGAAGCAGAUAUAUGUCCCUAAAACAACUCAGAAUCCAACAUCAGGAUGAGGUGAUGAGAAGAAAACUGCUUCAUAUUCUUGCAUGCACGGCCAUUGAACAAGAUUGAAGCUAUUUUUACAUAUAAAUUUAUCUUAAUUAUUUGGAUUAGCCGAUGAUUUUGUGUAUGUUAUAGUUUCUUCUCCAUGUUUUGAAUUCUGUUAUAUAGUAAUCAUUUGAUUUUUGGAAAUGCAUGGAGAGAAGGCUGCUGAAGAUUAGAGCAUUCCCUUCAUUGAAGUUAAAUUUUUGGGGAAAAGAAGAGCUUCACUUAUUUUUUGCUGAACUCUGACUAAGAUUACUGUUUUUUUUAUUUAAGAAACAAAACUCAGUUGAAUGUAGUGAAACUGUGAAGAAAGGCAGGUCGGCAGCAUUUGGAUAAUUUUUCCAUGUUGCUAAUAGGCAAUAUGAAUGUGUGGAGUUUAUAUCUAGUCUGUUUGAUUUGUGUUCAA